UUGGAUACACAUCCACACAAACAUCCCACAAACGAAAAGACAUAAUCUCUAGUUUGAGUGAACCAUGGCUAAGGGAAGAGGCAGUGCAAUGAUGGCAAUGGUGGUUCUUUGUCUAGUAGUAGUAUGCGAGGUAGCCCAGGCAGCUACUUAUGUUGUCGGCGAUGACAAUGGCUGGACGUUUAACGUCGAUGGCUGGGAAAAGGGCAAGAAUUUCAAUGCAGGCGACGUCCUUGUGUUUAAGUACGCAAAAGGAUCACAUAAUGUGGUGGCUGUGGACGAGGGAGGCUAUUAUGGAUGCGACGUAUCCCCAAGCGAGGCAAAGGUGUACACAAGUGGAAAUGACCAAAUUACCCUUGUGAAGGGUAAUAACAGCUUCAUUUGUAGUUUCUCUGAUCACUGUAAUAGUGGCAUGAGGCUUUUAAUCUCUGCAUCUUAAACAACAAGAUAAUAGUAUUUGACUUUGAGUUAUGGAAUAAUGUGUUUCUUGCC